AUGAACCAAGACGAAGGAAAUGGAGGGGAGAUCAAUGAAGCUAGGUGGAGAGAAGCACAAGUCGGAACAAUUACUCGUUUGAAUCAAGUUAUUAGUACAUUGACAGACCGGAUGGAGCGAAUUCAAAUAGCCUUAGGUAAUCUUCAAGGGAGGGAAGUACUCUUGAAUGAAGGAGUUGAAAAUGAAGAAGAUGACAAUGUCACCCUUUUAGCGGGACAUAGCCCUAGGGGAGGGAGAGAUGUCGGUCGAGGGAGAGGAAGAGUCAGAAGAAGGGAGGAGUAUUUGCAAUAUGAGAGCAAAAUUGAGCAUGUCUUCGAUUGCAACAAUUUCAGUGAAGAAAGAAAGUUGAAGCUUGCUGUGGCUGAAUUUUGUGAUUACGCCAUAAUAUGGUGGACAUCUUUGAAAUCAGAGUGGAGGAGAAAUUAUGAAGAACCAAUUGAAACUUGGGAGGAACGGAAGAAAUUAAUGAGAAAAAGGGAUAGGCAAGCGUACUUUGAUAUGCAAGAAUUGUUACACCUUGCUGUCAAAAUCGAAGGGCAACUAGCUUGGGAGAAGGAGAACUCCAAGCGGUAUGAUUUCAAAGUUGGAGGCAAGUAUGAUCAUGACAAAAAGAACAAAGCUGCAACCUCCAAGGGUAAAGAGAAAGCGGAGGAAUAUAAGGAGAUUCGAGAAAGAAAUAGAGACAUCAAAUUUUGGAAAUGUCAAGGAAUUGGUCAUCUUAGUCGUGAUUGUCCUAACAAGAGAGUCUUGAUCAUCAAGAAUGGACAAGUUGUCACAGAUAGUGAGGAAAGUGACCAUGAUGAGCUAGUUGAAGAGAAAAUCCAGGAGAAUGAGGAGGAACUAGAAGAUGGGAGUCAGUUGGUACUUGUUACCAGAAGAUUUCUUAAAACUCAAGUUAUAGAGAAUGAUGUUGAUGAUCAAAGAGACAACCUAUUUCACACAAGGUGUUUAGUCAAGGGGACUUCUUGUAGUCUUGUAAUUGAUAGUGGAAGUUGCACCAAUGUUGUAAGUACAAUGCUGAUCAAAAGGUUACUAAUUCCAACCCAACACCAUCCUAAACCUUACAAGCUUCAAUGGCUCAAUGACAGUGGAACAAUGAAGGAAUUUGAUGAUGUAUUCCAAGAUGAAGUCCCUAAAGGACUACCUCCCAUUAGAGGUAUUGAACAUAAAAUAAACUUCAUUCUAGGGGCAGUAAUUCGUAAUAGGCUAGCUUAUAGAGCCAACCCAACUGAGACUAAAGAAAUUCAAAGGAAAGUAGAGGAGCUUAUGGAGAAGGGCUAUAUACGAGAGAGUUUGAGUCCAUGUUCUGUACCAAUCUUAUUGGUGCUGACGAAACAUGGAACGUGGCGCAUGUGCGUGGAUUGUAGAGCCAUCAACAAAAUCAUGUUGGUCAAAAUGGAGUAG